GAUCGACUUGCUUGCGCAACUGCCGCCAGUGCCACAGUGUGCAAUUGUGAUAAUAAAUGUGAUAUAAACAUAAACUGGGCAACAUUGGCUGUAUGGACAACAACAACAAACAGCAAUCACAUCCCAACGGUAAUCCACGAAGCGCAUGGUGAAUCAAUUUAAAUAUAAAUCACUUCCUACCAUUCGGUCACCACCUUCAGCAGCGGCUUUUGGCCAGCACCAGUACGGCACACAAUAAGAAAGCAGCCAAACUGAACUCCUUCCCAGCGCAUGGCGAGCAAACACGUGCACAGGCCGCCGCUGAUCGUGUGUGCCACAGCUUGCACAGCUGAUGCGCCGAAAAAAGAAAUCGCACUUGUCCGCUGGCCCGCUGGAUGCCGGAACGAGACACACUACGGCACAAUGUUUGGGGAAGCAACAACAAAUGGCAACAGAACAUGGUAACGCCACCUUUGGGUUACCGCAUCCCGUACAAGGUGCCAGUGCGCGAAUGCACCCGUGCAACGGUGCAACGGUUGCAAAUGGUCAUCCCCAUGCACACACACACACAUACACACCGGUCGGCACAUCCAUUCACGGGUGCUGGCGGGCAGUCAGUGCAAAGCCUCGGCUAAUCUUUGUGCGAUCAUCGAUUAUGCUAUCGGGCACGGGAAUGUAGCCGAAUCGAUCAGACACCGCUCGUCCCCACCGCGUUGGAAUUUGUGUUCCUUCCCAUUCCCUCGCACCCCCCACCUUUUGCUACAGGAUUUUUCGCAUCCAGAGCACGUACCGUACGGCUAAACGAUCGGCCACCGUACAGUGAAAAUGAAACAUUUCCCGCUCCCAAAACCCGCCCUCCUUUGGGUUCGGUCGAAAACACUUGGCAUGCACGACAAGCGCCACUGCGUGCGCGCGAAGGGACGGGUAUAGUGCGAUGGCCAACGCCCGGCACCAGCACCAUGCUAUCCGGGGGCGACGGUGGAACGGUCACUUUUCUUUUCAUUUUACCCAUAAGUGCCGAAAACUCGAUGCGCACAGCAGUAGUACGGCGGGGAUGUUGUUGGCGCACUUGUCCGGGGGGCGAGCGAAAUGAAGUUCCGCAUUAUAAAUAUGACCCACCGGGACCAGGGACGACUCAUUGUCAAGCGGACCUUCGUGUAGGUCAUCCGGUGACUUCAGUCUGGGCGUGGUGUGUGCUCGUCUCCGUGCGCGCGUGUGUGUGUGUGUGCUUGUGAUUGAACCGGCUAGUACCGGGGGUGUUGUAACCGUUUGACCCUCUGCCUGGUGGUUUGACCUUCUCGGUUUGUGUCUGUGUCUGAAGCGUGUACAAACGAGCUGUGUCCACAAUGAGCCGAAGACUGCCGUUGGCGCUACUGCUGGUGGCCCUGGUCGCGCUGGACCCAACGUCCGCACUGCAGAAGAAGAAAAAGCGUGGCAUCUACCACGGGCUGCACGGGUUCGCCCUGGCCGGGCACGCGGCCAUCCCGCUGCACGGUGCUGCCCCAUCGUUCCACAAGGGCUACCAUCCCAGCCCGUACGCCCGGUUCCCAGGGCUGCACAAGGGUGCAGCAACGCUCGGUGGGUCGGUGCUACCGCCCGGCUAUGCGCUCUUCCCGGGCGGUGCCAGCGUCACGUCCUACCAGCGCAACUUCCCGCGCUAUCCGACCCUCUACGGGGCUGCGGGUCUGUAUCCGGCCGGCUUUGGGGUGGCACCGGUCAAGCCGGCCUUUGCUGCUGCCGGUGGGUUUGUGCCUCCACUCGCUGCCGCCGGCUUCACACCGUACGCUCCCGCCCUGCCAGCCUACCCGGCCGCUCUGCCCGCCGUGCCUGCCGCCUAUCCGCAAGCGUUCGUUCCGGUGGGAGCUCCGGCGGCCUCCGGCAGCACCCAGCAGACGUACUUCGCCACCUACCCCCAGAAACCGCUGAUCCCGGUAGCGGUCCCGGUGCAGCCGGCCGAACCGGCCAAGGUCCCCGUCGUCGUGCAGAAACCAUUCUACACCGCGUUCUCGACCGUCGGUCCGAACGGUGCCGGUCUACUGCCGGCCGGAGUGUACAGCCCCGUCUCGAGUGUACCGCAACCUCAGUUCGUCGGCAUCCCGGUGGCCACUGGUAGUGCGACCGGUGUCACACCUUCCAUCGCUACGACACUGACCACGGGCACGACGCAGGUCACGCAGGCGCCGCAGCAACCCUGGCGCCCGGUGGUGGUCAAUCAGCCAACGCCGGCCCCACCGUCCAACGCGUACCUUCCGUCGUACGCCACAUCGCAGGGCCAAAUCUACAUCAGCAGCACACCGGCACCGACGCUGCACGGUGAUCACCAUCAGCAGCAGCAGCAGCAGCAAGCACACCACCAGGCGUUGCUGGAGUACGAGCAGGGAUCGCUUCACCAUCAGGAGGGUAAUGGUCCGUUCAACGGGCAGCCGUACGAUGUUGCCUCCAACAAUGGCCGGUACACCGGACCAUCGAGCUACGAUGUCGACAUCACCCACAACGGUUACCAGAAGAAGAAAAAGUAAGCCCGGGGUCAAAGGCAGUGCCUCAAUGGCAGUCGCUGCGCUCCAUUAGUCAAUAUGCCAGCAGUUUCUUGUAUGUGUAGCUUAGUGUAGCUAUGUGUUUGUGUGUACUUUUGUUUGUUAUUUUAUGUUUUUUUUUGUUCGUGAGCUAUUUGAACUAAUUUAAAGCGAAUAAAUUAUUUUCUCCUCAUA